AUGUAAAAAUAAAUAGAUGAAGUUGAGUUUCUAUUAAGAAAGAGUCCCCAACACAGGAGCAAAGCAGAAAUUAAUUUAUUAGUCCAAUUGACAUCGUAGCUCCCAUUUUUUAAAUAGUACAUGAAACAAGAUAAUGGAUUAUAAAUUUAAAGGAAAUGUUGCAAAAACAUGUAUUGUGAAAAAUUCAAAGCAAGUGAAAUCGUAUUCUAUGUUGACAGUGUUGGUACAAAAUUCUACAUCAUAUUGGAAGGAUCUGUCACUGUCCUAGUCAGAAAACCUAAUCAAUCUGAUAUGGAGGCAGUUAGAAUACUAAACAAAGGUGAAUCUUUUGGGGAAUUAGCCCUAUUACAUAAAUAGCCAAGACUUGCUACCAUUUAAUGUAAUACUGAUUGCACUUUCGCUGUCCUAGAUAAACAACAAUUUAAACAUAUUCUUUAAGAAGAAUAAUAAAAACAAUUGGAUGAAGUAAAAUCACUUUAUUAUUAUUUCAAGAACAUUGAUUAUUUCUCACAAAUCAGAAUAUUUUCCCAUUUGCACAGAACAUAAUUAAAACAUAUCUAUUUGAAUUCUUUUCUAUAUGAAUUUGAAAAGAAUUAAAUUGUCAUCAAAGAAGGCUAAAAAGCUGACUACUUCAUUUUGAUAAAAUCCGGAAGUUUUCUUGUUAAAAAAAUAAUGAAGCCCAAUUAAGCUAGUGUUAAUCUAUUUGAAAUUGGAGAAUUGCAAGUAUUUGGCUUCUAUCAUCUCAAUAUUAAUUUACCAUAUGAAUAUUCCCUUGUUUGUAAUUCAUCCAAAGGCUACGCAUAUAAGAUCAAUAGAACAUCUUUGGUAGAAAGAAUGUUUGAAUAAUAAGGAGAAGAACUAAAGCUUCAUAGGAUCGAACUCUAACAAUUGGCUAAUUUAAGAACUGAAACCGAUGUUAAAACAGCCAGCUUCUAUCCAUAGUAUUUCUGUAAAAGAAUUUAAACAGAAGUUCCUGAAGAAUUUUCGCAAGAAAAGGUAACUCAACCAAUGGCAACUGCAAAACGAAAUCUCCUCUUAUAUCAAAAUAAGAAGAAAUAGAGAAUGGAUUAAAUCAAAUUAUAAAUGGAUCUAGCAUCCUAAAAGUUGAGGAAACAACCCUUAAAAGUAUCCUAUGAAGUUUCAUCCCAUACUUAAUCGGAGCUCUUUCUUAAAACUCACAGAGGCUAUAACUUUGUAUAAUAGGGAGAAAUAUAGAUGGUACAAUCACAAUAAACCCAAAGAUAAUAGUAACAUCAUUAAUACCCGAUUAAUUAUCCAAAAUUACCCAAAAAGUUAAUGAUAAAAACUCAUUUCCCAGAAGAAUAUGCAGAGAAAUAAUCAUGUGAUAGCCCUUUGAGUACAACUUAAACUUAAAUGAGAAGUAUUAUUGGAGUAAAAAAAAUGGUAUUGCCCACAGCAUAAAAUAGAGUAAAAUCAAGAACCUUUUAAUCCUAAGUGAGCUCCUCUCCUCUCUUCAAAACUAUAAGUUGCAUUCUCUAAUAACGAUACUCUAGCAUUACAUCCAGCAAUCAUUUUAUAUGA